AUGGAAAACCAACAAGAUAUAGAUGCACUUCACCAACUUUCAAUGUCCCUAGAUUAUGAUUCCUCUGAAAAUCAAGAAACAUUCAAGCUUCCAUCUGGUAGAUCAAUGACGACAGAACAACUAUUAUUGAAAGUAAUUAGUUUUGGUACAAACUAUUCCAAGUCUGUUGCAUAUUACAAAUUGUCUAACAUUCUAUCAGACCAGAAUCGUUCAUCUAUCAUUCUUUCAUCAGGUGAAUCAAUGACAAAACAACAAUUACUCUUGAAAGCAAUAGAGUAUAAUCCAAUCAAUUCAUAUCAAUAUAAUAAUCUUGGAAUAACACUCUCAAAAGGAGAAUCAAUCACACUUAAUAAUGGUCAAUCAAUGACACAACAACAAAUAUUUUUGAAAGCAAUAGAGAUAACCUCCUCCUUUCCCAAUUCAUAUUUUAACCUUGCAUUAACUCUUUCAGAAGGUGAAUCUAUCACACUUAAUAAUGGUCAGUCAAUGACAGAACAACAACUAUAUUUGAAAGCAAUUGAAUUAGAUCCUACCAAUGCCAAUUCAUAUUUUAAUCUUUCAUUGGAUCUUUCCGAUGGUGAAUCAAUCACACUCAAUAAUGGACAAUCAAUGACAGAACAACAAUUAUUAUUGAAAUCAAUAGAGUGUGAUCCAACUAUUUCCAGUUUUUAUUAUUAUCUUGCAUUGACACUUUCUGAAGAAGAAUCAGUGACUCUUAUUAAUGGACAAUCAAUGACAGAAAACCAACUUUACUUGAAAUCAAUAGAUUGUGAUCCAACCAAUUCAGAUUCAUAUUAUUACCUUGCAACUACUCUUUCAAGUGACGAAACGAUGACACUUCUUAAUGGGCAAUCAAUGACAAAGCAGCAAUUAUUAUUGAAAUCAAUAGAUUGUGAUCCAACCAAUUCCUGUUCAUAUAAUAGCUUGGCAAUUACACUUUCAAAUGGUGAAUCAAUCACACUUCAUGAUGGACAAUCAAUGACAGAACAACAACUAUACUUGAAGGCAAUAGAUUGUGAUCCAACCAAUUCCUGUUCAUACUAUUACCUUGCUUUGACACUUUCAAUUGGUGAACCAAUCACACUUAAUAAUGGACGAUCUAUGACAAAACAACAAUUAUUAUUCGAAGCAAUCAGAUUAGAUCAACCGGAAACAUUAUCAAUGAUAUACAAACACCUUGGAUUUACACUUUUGAACAACAAACAAACCAUUACACUUCCAAAUGGUGAACAAUUGUCAAGAAGGCAACUCCUUCAAAAAUCAAGAGCUAUAGAUUAA